UUGCUUGGUUUUUUUGAUUGAAAACAUGGACCAGGAGCAUAUCAUUUUACUUCAGAAAAUCUUGGUUCUUUUGUUUUGCGUUACUUUGUUCUGGAAGAUAAUUAAGUACAUGUGUGGCCUCUUAAACCUGGAAAAGGAGCCUGUGACGGUACUCGUUACUGGUGCUGCAGGGCAAAUUGGCUAUGCACUAGUUCCAAUGAUUGCGAGAGGGGUCAUGUUAGGCCCUGAUCAGCCUGUAAUUCUCCACAUGCUUGAUAUUGAACCUGCAGCUGAGGCCCUAAAUGGAGUGAAAAUGGAACUGAUUGAUGCUGCCUUUCCUCUUCUCAGGGGUGUUGUUGCUACCACGGAUGUUGCUGAAGCCUGUAAAGGUGUCAAUAUAGCCGUCAUGGUUGGCGGAUUCCCACGGAAGGAAGGUAUGGAGAGGAAGGAUGUGAUGUCCAAAAAUGUAUCAAUCUACAAGGCUCAAGCUUCAGCCUUAGAGCAGCAUGCUGCUCCAGACUGCAAGGUGCUAGUGGUUGCCAAUCCAGCAAACACUAACGCACUUAUCUUGAAAGAAUUUGCACCUUCAAUCCCAGAGAAAAACAUCACUUGCCUUACCCGUCUUGAUCACAACAGAGCAUUAGGCCAAAUCUCUGAGAGGCUAAAUGUUCAUGUUGGUGAGGUGAAGAAUGUAAUCAUAUGGGGCAAUCACUCGUCAACUCAAUAUCCUGAUGUCAAUCAUGCAUCUGUCAUAACCACCAAUGGUGCAGAGAAGUCUGUUAAAGAUGCCAUAGCAAAUGACGAUUGGUUGAAGACCGAGUUCAUUACCACUGUGCAGCAGCGGGGCGCAGCCAUUAUCAAAGCUCGCAAGCUAUCAAGUGCGUUGUCUGCCGCAAGUGCUGCUUGCGAUCAUAUUCGUGAUUGGGUUCUUGGGACUCCCAAGGGAACAUGGGUCUCCAUGGGAGUCUACUCUGAUGGAUCUUAUGGAAUACAGCCUGGAAUUAUCUACUCUUUCCCAGUUACAUGUGAGAAAGGACAAUGGUCAAUUGUUCAGGGGCUCAAGGUAGACGAGUUCUCAAGGGAAAAGAUGGAUGCAACAGCGAAAGAGCUUAUGGAGGAGAAAUCACUGGCCUACUCUUGCCUUAAUCGAUGAUGAAGAGAAUGCACUCGAUUAUCUUUCCUAGGGGAAGUUAUGUUUGGAGACUUAAUAAAACUCAUGAAAAGUAAUAAUUGGAAUAUAUCAUCCAACAGUUAUGUAUUUAUGUAUCCACAAUUAUCUGUUU